AUGCAGGAGGAAGGAGAAGCCAUUUCCGAAAUGGGCAUCAUCUGCCGCAACAUCAAGAAGCUUUUGAGGAGACCAGGCAGUGCUGAAGGCGCCAUCAGCCACAUCCGACGAGAGGCAAACCAAGCGGCGCACAUUAUGGCUCAUAGCAAGACUAACUGGGAGAUGAGAGAAGUUUGGCUCGAUAGAGCGCCUGUUUUUCUGUUAGACCAGCUACGUCUGGAUGAUGUAGCCAUUGACCUGAUUUAA